AAAGAGGUGAACAUCCGUACAGAGCGAGCAAGUUGAAUGUAGACCCGGCGGACUGAUGACAGAAAGAUAAGGGUUAUUUGACAAGUGCUUGUAAAAAUGAAGAUUCUGGUGGUCUUUGAUUUUGACCACACUGUGGUGGACGACAACAGUGACGUCUGGGUCAUCAAGUGCCUUCCAAGUCAGACUCUUCCAAACUCAGUGAGGGGGUCAUACAGAAAGGGUCACUGGACCGAGUACAUGGGCAGAGUGAUGACCUACAUAGGAGACCAGGGGGUCAUUCCUGAUAGGGUCCGCAGUGUGAUGGAGACUAUUCCCUUCACGCCUGGAAUGACGGACCUGCUCACAUUCAUAUCCGAGAAUAAAAGCUCAGUUGACUGCAUUGUCAUCUCCGACUCCAACACCAUGUUUAUAGACUGGAUCCUCAAGGGAGCGGGUCUCCGGGCAGCUGUGGACCAGGUUUUUUCAAACACGGCCAGCAUCAACGAGUCCGGCUACAUGGAGUUGCAGCAGCACCAUUCUCACGACUGUGAUAAAUGUCCCGUCAACAUGUGCAAGAGGAAAGUCCUGGAGGCGUACCUUAGCGAGAAGGCAGACGGAGGUGUGGAGUACGGGCGGAUCUUUUACGUGGGGGAUGGCGGGAACGAUCUCUGCCCUACUUUCUGUCUGAGAGAGCAUGAUGCUGUGAUGCCCAGGAAGGGGUUCACCCUGGAGAAACUGCUGGCCAGACUGAACGUUCAGGAAGGUAACAGCUCUGUUGGAGCUAAAGUCAUUGCUUGGAGCAGCGGCACGGAGAUCCUGCAGGAGCUGAAAGCAAGUCUGCAGUCAUAAUUAUCAGUUUAUAAUAAGCAGUUACUUCUAACUGCUUAUGUUGCAAACCUUCACACUUCACCUGAUACCCCAAACCCAGACAAACGUCUUCAAAUGAGAAGCACCAUUUGUAGGAAUAAAAAGAUUUUAUUCAAAUAAAAACUAGGCAUCUAAACUAACAUUUAUUUAAAUGUUAGUUAUUUCAUGUCUUCAUGAAUAUUUGAGAUAGAGUGAAACAAAAUUAUUUUUUUCUUGGCCAGAUGAGAUCAUAUCAUUUUUCUCAUUUAAUGGCAGAAAAUCAUUCAAAUCUAAAUGAUGAUAAGUUACUGAUCAGAUUUAUGGCAGGUUCAUCUCCGCCCUUUAAAUGAGCUAAAGAGCCGUCAUCUCAAUAAAUGCUGAAGGACGUUUUAUAACCUUUCAUUUGAAAGAAAUCCUUUUUGUGAAAUAUAGAAAAACAUUAUUUUAAAGAGUACUUGGGCUGUUAGCUUAUUAAUUCAGAGGGAAAACAUCCCAAUCCAGAGUUAAAUCUAUAUAACCGAGCAAAAAGGAAGUGCAGAAACGAGUCUUCAUAUUAAACCUGCUUCAGAUCACAGUUUGCCAAACAUCUUGAAACGACAGAUGAAACCGACUGGGAAAUGUUCUUCCAUGCUGUGUGUUCCUGCUCGAGCCGGGGCUCAGUCUGCAUACAGAGCAAACUUCACUCAAUGAACCAGCAGAGGGCGGUAAUUAGCCUUGUUAGAAGGGAAAAAAGGCAUUUUCCAAAACGUUCCCUUCUGGUGUUGUUCAUCACAUCAGUUGUUCUGAUACAGGUAGACACUGAAUUGUGGGUAUUCAUUAUCAGUAUGCCAUAAUCAUCAAAAUAACAAGAAGUAAUGGCUAGAAAUAUUUCACUCUGUGUGUAUUAUACCUAUAUGAUAUAAAUUUCAUUUUCUGAAAUGAGGGACAAAAAAUCUUGAACUUUUUUACAAUAUUAAAAUGUUUUGAAUUAGGCACAGUCCAAACAUUCAUUUUGUAUGGAGGCUGUGUGGCAACAAACAUAUGUCAAACUAUGAAAUAUAAAAGCACUUUUUAAUUUGAUAAAAGCUAAAUAUUUCCGUUUUACUUUGCUCUUAGAUUGUUUUGCUGAAGGAAAAGCAGCAAUUUUGCUCUUGACAUAGAAAUUCAGCCUUUUCUUUUUAUUUUACAUUAAUCUGAUCUGUUCCUUUUCCAAAAUGUCGGAAGAUCUUCAGCCACCAUGUUAAAUUAGCUGCAAAAUUACAAGUAUUUGAACAUUACACUUUCACUGUCCCAAAGGACGUAGUUCAGGUUAACUGGCCUCUCUAAUCUGCCCUUCUAUGCUAGUGCACACAUGAUUGUUAACUUUGCUCUGUGAUGGACUGGCUGGCAGACACCCAGGGCAUGUCCUGCCUCUUUCCACUUUGACCUCAGGGGAUGAAUAUCAGCUUUUCCUGAACUGGGGGUAGGUACAGAACAUGAAUAGAUGUUUCAAACUUUGUGGCUCAAUGCUGACAGUGUGGCCCUGACCUCACUUUUGGGAACUAUCGGCUUGUGCUGAACACAGAUACUGAGGCAUCCGGGGUGAUAAACCUUUUAGGCACCCUGAAUGCUCUCGGUGGAGGCUGUUUUUAUUUUGUGUAUUAACAGUGUGUUAAAAAUCUCUUGACAGUCUCAUUAAAUAUUUCAUCAUGAGGAAGAUGUCCUUUUGUGGAUCUUCCACUGGCAGGUCCACAGCUUUCUUGAUGACCUCUGAACUAUCCAGAAUAAAGAGAAGAAGUUUGGAAAAAAUAGUGCCUUUCAAGGCUUGUGUGAAUUAUCGAUAUUGGAGAACCCAUAACAGAGUUCUCCCUGAUGGAAUCCUUAUUGUUAACACCCUGUGGGUCAUUGCCGUCCUUAUGGUCAUGAAUAUAUCUUGAACUUACUAAGGAAGGUCAUAGGGGGUGCUGACAUUGCAAGUGAUUUGUCUUUGCCUCUUGUUGGUGUUGUCAAAUUACUCAAACGGCUUCAGCUUUGACUCUGCACUUCCCUGUUUUAGGAAUGGAUCUGGUUUGGGUUAAUAAGGUCAAGAUUUGGGCUAAAUAUCAUCUUUUAUCAUGCUUCUGCCAGGUUUUAGCUUCAAAGUUGUGUUGGUUGCCUGGGUGACAACCCUGCAUACAUCAGGAUAAUUUACUAUAUUAAGAAUAAUUUACUGCAGGUACCUAGAGAUCCAUAUGUAGUUCAGGAAUGUAUAAGUACAGCACCUUAAAAUGACAUGAGGACAAAAUGAUUGUAACAAAAAAGUUGGGUUGUAUACAUCAUGUGACAUUAAUGUCAUUCAGCUGAUCCAUUGUAUGAUUUCUGGUUGUGUAAACCUAUUGUUUCCUUGUGUUUUGCUUCUCCGGUCUGGUUUUACCAUCAACAUAACUGUGGUUUGACUGAAUUACCUCCAUCAGAAACCUUAAUAACCUGUUUGUAAUAAAUGAAGUCUUGUUCUGGAUGUUUAAAUGUAUUAUUGCUUAUGUGUGAGACGUGUAAAUCUGAUUAGAUGAUUUGUUCUGGGAAUGUUCAUCCAAUCGUGGACCCAACAUGAGCCAUUUGAAAUGUUGUCAGCAUGCCUUGUUUGUGUAUUAACAUAAUGUAUUUGUAUCACUGCCAUUAAAAUCAGAUGUCCAAUA